AUGAAUGCUUUAAUACAAAUAAGUAAAGAGAAAAUGUUGAUUAUGCCAAAACGUGUCAAUUGGUCACUUGCUACUACAAACAAUCAUAAAAAUUUGACAAUACACCAAAAAUUUAUUGAUGUUAACAAUUUAAUCAAAUCAUCAUCAUCAUCAUCACCAUCAUCAAAUUUAAUCAAUAAAGAAUCGAUUGAACAUACUCAUGUUUGUACAAGUGAUCCUAAUGAUAAUAUGGCAGAUAUUAAUCAUAUUAAAAGUAGUAGUAAUAAUAAUAAUCAUAAUAAUAAAAAUAAUGGUAACAAUAAAGGAGUGGAUAGUCAUGAUGCUGUGCAUUGUAAUGGUUAUAUAAGAGACUGGGUUGGAUUAUCGAUCGAUGACAAAGGUGGUUGUGAGCAAAAUGAUGAUCUAAUGCUGAACAACAUAUCCAAUAGUCAGUGUUUACCUGUCCCUACAACAACUGUUAACGGAGAUCAUGUUAACAGUUGCCAUGAUAACUGUCAAACAGGAAGUAUUCGUAUAGCUUUUGUUCGUCGAGAAUCCUCUGAAUGCGGUAAUUCAAUAGCACCACAUUUUAUUCAGAAUAAAUAUUCACCUGCUAAACUGCGCAGAUCACGACUUCGUGGAACAGAUCAUUUAGUGAUAAAAUUUAAAAGAAAUUCUCUUUCAAAAGAUUAUUAUCCUAAUGAAAUAGUCACGAAUUCUUUUGCACAAUCGGUUUGUGAUAAAUUUUGUAAUUACAACAGUAAUAAUAAUAAUACCCUUUCGACACCUUCUACUGUUACCGCCUCAAAUAAUCCUACUGAUACAACGACAACUGACACAAUAGCCAGCAUAACUUCUGCCAAUAACAACAACAACAACUGUAGCACUGAUAAACAACGAAUUCGAUGUGAUCAAAAUAAAAUUCUAUGCAUUUUAACAUCACCGCUUAACUAUUCUUCAAAUUAUUAUCCAAGGAAUACAUGCUAUGACAGCAAUCGUCUGCUAUCGCCUACAACACUGACUUCGUCAUCUAUUGCCUCCAGAGUGAAAUGGGGAGCUAAUUUAACCUUACAGACUAACUAUACCAGUGCUAAUCAUGACACGAAUGGUAUAAAAGUAUCUUCUCCUAUUAUUAGUCAGUAUAAUUCGGAGAUAAAUUCAAAAGAAUCUAAUCAAUAUUUUAAUAGUUUUAAUAAUCUAUCAUCCGUGAUGAUGAGAAAAGCUACACACGAUGAAUUUGAUAAGAUAAUUCUACAUCCCAGGCCAAGGAUACCACCGAAACGUUUAGAUUUAGCUAAUCAAGAUCUUGAAUUAGCUUUGAAAAGGAGUCUCAGUGAUUGUACAAUGCAAGUAUCCAAUAAGCGUUAUUACAACAAUUCUAUCAAGAAGUCUUUAGCAUAUACAGCAAGAAUAAAAAACCAGCACAAUACAAACAGAGAGUCAACAAAUGAAAAUCUUGCCCGUCGAAGGAAAACUGUAUUGCGUACAAAAAGAAGACGACAUCGACCAUUUACUACACGUCGUCAAAAGUCAAGAAGUGGCAAUAUUAAAAUUCCACACAAAUUCACUGGUGACUCUGUUACAACAAUGUCAGCAGAUAACAGUUUCACGUCAAUUUAUUCAUCACAAAGUAUUUCAGACGAUUCUUUGCUGAAUGAAUCAGAUGAAAAAAAUAAGACAAUCAAUGGACAAAUAUCACGUCUUCCAUUACCAAAGCUUACUUUAGCUAAAAAUAGAGAUGGUGAAUUCAAUGUGGUUGAAAAUCGUGAAGAAAACACUGUCAAAGGAAUCUCUGAUGCUACCGAUGAAGAGUAUAAACCUGCUACUCAAAGAAUUACUAAUAGUACAAGUAAUGACUCUGAAAGUACAGAUGUUAGUGAUAGUUAUACACCAGUGAAUAAUUCAUUAGGUAAUACAACAGAAUUAUGUAAAUCUUCAAAACGUAAAUGUGUAAAUAAACAACGGACAAAUUGUCUUUCGAAUAAACGAAUGAAAAAUAGAACAUCUCAAGAGAGUUCAGAAGACGAUCAAAAGUCGAAUGCUGAUGGUAGUGUAUACGAUCUUAACAGUGAAGAAGUGAAACAAGACAUGAACGCAAAGCAUAAUUUAUCCAGUUGUGUAUCCAGUUCUGAAGGAAUAAAAACUACGCAAUGCGAAAUACCAAAUGUUGUUGUGACACCAUCGCAAUCUGUUAAUUCACUGUCAAAUUCAUCAGCAUUUCUACCUGAACUAACAAUAACUCCUAGAGUCGAAGAAUCCAAAAACUCGCCAAUCUGCUUCACCACUGUGGAAUCUGUACAGUCUGGAGCAAAUAAUUUGCCAGUGAGCUCAUAUUUCCCUUCAACAAAUAAUGCCAUUCCCUCCAGUCAUCCCAUCUGUUCGACCAGUAGCAAUCAAAGUUUUACGUAUUUAUCUCCAAUACAACCUGUUACAAUGUGGAGUCGUUUAGCCAGUCCUUUGCCUGCACCAGACCCACCUACUAAACUUUUCAAUACUAAACGUAUUCCUGCACAUCAUCAAUCUGUUAAUAAUAAUAAUAAUAAAUGUCAACCGUUUCCAAUGAUAAUACCAGCUAAUUCUGUGGUGUGUGGUAAUCAAAUGACAUCACAACUGCCUCAAUAUCUCACUCCAAAUCCAAAUCGUACAAGUAUUCCGAUUCCUAUUCAUUCAACGACUAAUUUGCCUUCAGAUGUACUGUUUAACCGUAAUGCAAAUAUGAACUUGUCAGGGUUGACUACAAAUCCAGUGCACUUCAAUUCAACAUUUUGUAAUAAUUUCCCUUCCUUAAACGACCUGAAUUCCAAACAGAUUUUACAGAACUGUAACAAAAUUCAGUUGACCAAUCAAGGCUGUUCAUCAUCUUUUCCUAAUGCUGCUAUUCAUCCUUCAUUACCUCCGGUAGGAUUACCGUUACAACAACAACAACAACAGGCACCAUUAAGACUGCCUACACAACUACCACAUUCGUUGUCUUUCCCUUAUGCUGCUCCUUCUUCUUCAUCUUCUUCUUCUGCAUAUACAUUCAAUGGAAAUCAAACGUCGUGGUCAUCUUCAAUUGACCAGUUCAUAAAUCACCUGUCAAAUCCUUAUAUUUCAAACAUAUCUGAAAAUAUCCCUGUAUGUUAUGGGACAUCAGUGGUAUUGCCUCCAGGAAAUUCAGUGUUAAACACUAACCCUACUCAUAAUAUUAAUAGUAGUAAUUGUAACAAUCAGAACAAUUUUGUAUCGUAUCCAUUUUUUAUACCUCAUCCAAUACUUAGAAAUAUUUCACAAUCUAAUAAUAAUCCAUCGUUGUCAACGCCUGUACCUGGAUCAUAUCCAGCUUCUUUACAAUCUGUCUUAGGCACAUCCUUUAUGUUAGGCGGACAAAAUUAUAAUAACAAUAACACUACCAAUGUUCAAAACUAUGCCUGGAUCCCACCAUCGUUUUAAGCGUACCAAUAGCUAAGCUGGUCAGCUGUAUCUACAUAAUUAUUUGUAUAUAAGUAUAUAUGUGUCUGUACGUAUAUGAUUGAGUGCAUAAUCGUCGAGUUAUGUGCCUAGUUCUCUCCUGCAAUCUUGUGAUUAAUCUAUUCUGUUAGUAAUAGAUGGCGCUUCAUUUCAACACAUAAGCCUUAUGCGUGUGUAUGUGUGGUGUACAUAAAAGAUGUGUAUAUUUUUCCUUAUGCUCCUUUUUCUUCCAUAUAUAUUUGUAAAUAUAUUUGCGCAGGUUUUUCACCUCCAUCUUAGUUCCUCUACUUGCUAAUACAAAAACUUGACAGACGGUAUAUUUUCUGUUUAGCUGUAUCUACCAAGGAGAUUGAUAAUACAUUGAAAUACAUUUUUUUUUAUGAAUUCUUAUUCUUUUCAUUAUAAUAAAGGUUUUUCGUAUUUCCCAAUGAAUGAAAAACAAAACGAUGCUAUUGUUUUUACUGACGUUUCGCUAUUUAAUGCUAAAGCUUUAUCAAAGUAUUAUUAAACUGGAAUUUACAAAAUCUCAG